CAGCUACUUCCGGGUUUAAACGCCGAAGCUGCCAAAGCUCUGCACCGGGCUAGCCGACAUGGCAACUUUAAUAUUCAUAACACUAUUAGCUUUUAUAAACUGUUUGAUAUUUAUGCCAGUUGCACACAGCAACAGUGUUGAGACGAAAGCUGCAAAGUUCUUCAGCAGCGGUCAUACAAACAACUGGGCAGUGCUGGUUUGCACUUCAAGGUUCUGGUUCAACUAUCGCCAUGUUGCCAACGUGCUGUCGGUGUACAGGAGUGUGAAGAGACUGGGCAUCCCGGACAGUCACAUCGUUCUGAUGUUAGCCGACGACAUGGCCUGCAACCACAGAAACCCCAAACCUGCUACCGUGUUCAGCCACAAGAACAUGGAGCUGAACGUCUACGGAGACGACGUGGAGGUGGAUUACCGCGGAUACGAGGUGACCGUGGAGAAUUUCCUGCGCAUACUGACCGGACGACUCCCGGCGAGUACGCCUCGCUCCAAACGUUUACUGAGCGAUGACCGCAGCAACAUCCUCAUCUACCUCACAGGACACGGCGGGAACGGCUUCCUGAAGUUCCAGGACUCGGAGGAGAUCAGCAACGUGGAGCUGGCUGACGCUUUCGAGCAGAUGUGGCAGAAGCGAAGGUAUAACGAGCUGCUGUUUAUAAUCGACACGUGCCAGGGGGCGUCCAUGUACGAGAGGUUCUACUCGCCCAAUAUCAUGGCUCUGGCCAGCAGCCAAGUGGGAGAGGAUUCGCUUUCACAUCAGCCGGAUCUCGCCAUCGGGGUUCAUCUGAUGGACAGAUACACCUUCUACCUGCUGGAGUUCCUGGAGGACAUCCAUCCUGCCAGUCAGACCAACAUGAACGAUCUGUUUAAAGUGUGUCCACCGAGCCAGUGCGUGUCCACUCCGGGCCACCGUACCGACCUGUUCCUGCGAGACCCCGGCAGCGUCCUGAUCACCGACUUCUUCGGCAGCGUGCGAAAGGUGGAGAUCACGCGGGAGGUGCUGAACCUGACCACGCCCACAUCCACAGUCACGUCUGUUGCUGAAGGAAAUGAGAAGAGCGAGGCACUGUCUUAUGUAGACCAGUUACCAGUGGCUGAAAUCAUUCAUCAGAAACCCAAGCAGAAGGACUGGCAUCCUCCAGACGGCUUCAUCCUCGGCCUGUGGACACUCAUCCUGCUCGUCUUCUUCAAAUCCUAUGGCAUCAAACAGCUCAAGCACAUCUUCUGAACGCCGUUCUCCCUCUGGAGGUUUUCCCCACUUUAAAAAAAAAAAUCCUCCUUCUUUUUUAUUGUUAUAAUUUAAAUAAAGCAUGGUGAGGGCCGGGACACGUUCUGACUACUGACUCGUACGAUGCCUUUGUUGUGCUGUUACGGGGUGUAAUCUGAUUACAUUUCAGCACCAGGUAGGGUUUUUUUUUUGUAAAUCCUCGGAUACAGUCGACCGAGGACGAACUGGCUUCGAACCUCGUCUCAGCGUGGUUUCAGUGUGCAGAAGACAUCACGUCAAAAUGAACACGUUUUUUUUUUUUUUUUUUUUUUUUUUUUUUUUUACCUUCAUGUCUGAUUAGAAUUUGCGCUCCAUUUAACGACCUCACGUUUUACUCCUCCACUUUUGCUUCAGAGCUCCGACACUAAUACAGCUAGCAAAUAACGAACGCUAAGAGCUAGCGGUUUGGCGCUGGACAAACUGCGUGUAGGUAUAGUUUAGCAUCUCGGCAUGAAACACUUACUUUCUGCAACACGAGUAAGUAUUAAAGAAAAAGUGGUACAGUGACCUCACAAUGAUUCAUGUAUAUUGGCUAUCAUAUUACCCAUGAAAUUACCCAUGAUUCCUAGCCCUUGUCUACCAGUUUACUAUAGUGUUGUUUGUUUUGUUUUGUUUUGUCAAAUAUUCUUUCUUAUAUAUAUAAUAUAUAAACGUUUUUUAAAAAACAAACCUGCUUCCUGACCAGUUUUUUUUCCCCGGAAGUUAAUGAAAAUAGAUUUUUGUUUCUUUUUUUGCCCGCUGAAACAAACUUUUGUCACUCUUUCACUGUUAGAAGUCGAAAAUAAUGGAAAAGGGUGAUGUCUGAGCGCAUGGGUUUCCGUUUCAACCAAAAAUUCAAUUCCGCCGAUAUUUCCAACUUUGAACUGAAUUCAAUUUCAUAAAAUUGCGUCAAAAACUAAUUUUCAUUAACCUGUCUAUUAGUGUCAGACUUUUGAGCCGAGGAAUCAUGGGUAAUUUUUUGAACCUAGGGUUCUUUCGACGAUUCGUGUUCACUGUCCAUUACCGAGAGCUUUUAUUAUGUUAUCGAAAGAUAUGUACGGAGAAAUUCUCCAUUCUGAUUGGUCUGUGGUUUCUAUCGUAACAGCUAACAGUAUAGCGGCUGCUUAUCGAUAUAAAAAUAAUAAAGAAUGUUCGGAGUACGGACCUUUUCAGUGUGGAGAUUUAGGGAAGGAGUCUCCAGUGUCAUUAAAGGUAACUAUAAAUGGAUAAAAAUUCUAGUUUAGGAGGCGGUGAGCCGUUUUCAGUCAAUAAGAGUUGAAUUAUGUUUUCCUUCUCUGUCCAUCCCCCCCCCCCCCAUAGCGUCUGGGAUUAAAUUAGCUCUCGCUGUGGAACCUUUGCACAUGUGCAAAUGAAAGAGUUUUUUUCUUCCUUCACCUCCCCCUGGUCUUCACGUCACUCUAAUGCACUGGAUCUCGCAAUAUCCUGCACUUGCUCCAUCAGCCACUAAAACUCUGAUGUAUUAUGAAAUGCAGGCUUUUUGUUAAACAAGGUUUUUUUCAUUUUAUUAGUAAAGAUGAAGAAGAAA